UGCUCAGUCACUCCUACUGGAGUGAUUUUGUUUGAAGGUUGAAAGAAAGUUCAGUUUCCGGUUUACUGCGAGCUCUCUGGGUAACUUGAUGACUGUAACAGCCGGUGUUGAUACAACCAGGAGAUAGGCUGCUGCAGACGUCUAAACGCUGGAGUUGCAGACACUCUUUUUGUCCGAAUUCUUCUGAGAUGAACGUUGGCGUGUCCAAGUCCCGCGUGUUUGUCAGCUACAGCUCCCAAGUCCUCCUCUCCAAGUGUAGCAUCCCGCUGAGUGUGCGCUACGUCAUGGAUGCUGUGAAGGACGGACCCAGAGGGAAAAUGGUAGCUCUGGCUGCAGGCCUGUCUGUUGGAGCUACGAUAGGCUACAUUGUUUAUCGCCACAUCAGCAACGCCAGCAGCGGUCAGGAGCCUGACGCUGAGGAGUUCAAAAUGAUUCUUCCUAUUGAAGUGUAUAGAAACAUCUCCAGAGGCCAUGCUACAUUUCUGGAUGUGGUGACCCAGAAGUCUGGAGCUCAUGUGAGAGUUGCAUCAUACUUAGAGGAAACUGGCCAGAAGGCCGCUGUGUGUGUCCAGAUGCAGGGCUCAAAGGAGCAGGUCCUGUUGGCCCGCUGUGUCCUGGAGAACCUGGCUACAGACUGUGAGCCAACAGUGGAGGUUUUAGAGGUUCCUCAGAACGCCUUUGGACGUGUUAUAGGACGUGGUGGUGAGUGUUUGAAACUAAUCACAAGAAGCACAGGAGCUAGAAUAGUUUGUUCCAGAAAGAAAAAGCACAGCCCUGGAGAAAAGGGGAGUGUGACCAUCACCGGGAGUAAACAGGAGGUCAAGCAGGCCAAGGAGAUGAUUCUAGAAAGAGUUGGAGCGGAUGCAGUGGUGAGGUCAAAGAUCUCGCAGUCAUCUGCCCUUCGCCAGAAACGUGGACAUAAAGUCGUGAAUCCAGAUCCCUGCUGCAUGGAACCCAAAUGCCUCGUUGGUCUGAACAACAACGGCCCUGUCUCCUACACGGAGAAGAAUGGACUUGAUCAGUCCAAAGAAGCCACGACUGAAUGUCUACUUCUUGAGAUGAAGGGGCUGAAAGGCACAGAUGAGCAGGAAGAGGAGAGCAGCGUGUCCACAGAUACACUCUCUGAAGUGUCCAAGUUUGAAAUUCCCAGUCCAGACCUGAGCUUCCAGCCUGAUGAACACUUAGAGGUUUAUGUGUCUGCAUCGGAAAACCCAAACCACUUCUGGAUCCAGAUUCUGGGCGUUCGCUCCCUCCAGCUGGACAAGCUGACAGAGGAGAUGAACAACUUCUACACAAAUGAAAACCCCACAGAGCAGCGGAUGGAUAGCAUUUUGGUUGGAGACAUUGUGGCUGCUCCGUAUCGAGACUACAACACAUGGAACAGGGCCAGGGUGCUGGGGUUUCUGGGAUCUGGACUGGUGGAUCUUUACUAUGUAGACUUCGGGGACAACGGGGAGCUUUCCAGGGACAGUUUGCGCCCCCUCAGGAGCGACUUCCUCAGCUUACCAUUCCAAGCUAUUGAGUGCAGCUUAGCAGGAGUGAGGCCAAAAGGAGAGUUUUGGACUGAAGCAGCUCUGGACAUAUUUGAACAGUUGACAUAUUGUGCUAACUGGAGACCCCUACAGGCCAAACUCUGCAGUUACUCCCACUCCGAACUCUCGUCCUGGCCCAGUGUUAAGCUCUAUGACAACAGCAAAGGAAAGGCUGUGGAUAUCGGUGAGGAGCUCAUACGGCUGGGCCAUGCUGUCAGCUUCCAGGAAACAUUUAAUGAGAAGGUAGAAGGAGACAAUCUAGGCUGUUUGCAAAGGAUGUUGGAUGAUGUAAUAGGAGCAACUUCAGAGCUCAGUCUGUCAUGUAUCAGUUUGUCAGAAGCUGCUUCAGUCUCAGGAAGUGUGGAUGACGGUGUAGAAGAUGAGCUCCUCUGAGGCCAAACAGAUACAUAAAGGUUGUAUAACAGGAGGAGCAAGAAUGUUUGUCCCGUGUAUAACCCCAAUGUGGAGCCUUCCCUACAAGUGCAACACCGUUUGUCCAGCCAUUUUCUUGUUUUGCUUAAGGGUUUUUGUACCCUGUGCUGCUGUGCUUGAAAAAGUUUGGGAAAUUUGUGUUUGAUUCCUCAGACGCACUGUUAUGAGACUUAGUUUACUUGAAGGAAAAGGGUUGAGGCAUUUUCUUUUGUAUAUAUUGUUUAUUAUAUAUGUUAGAUAUAUUGAAGUUCAUCUAAUAUUUUUGAAAAGAAGUCAGGCAGUAUUGUUGAAUGAACAGAAUCAGUUCACUUUAAAAAAAAGGUUACAUGAAGUGGUCCAUUAGCCAUGAAACAUUGUUCUUCAGAGAAAUAUUAUAUUGACCUAUAUUACAAAUAUUGACCUUAUUUUAUUUGACAGAGAUUGUAUCUUUAUUUUCAUUUCACAUUUCUAAAGUAAACUGAAUAAUAACCACAAU